AUGUCGCGGGGCGGCGGGAAGGGGCUGAGCCUGAAGGACAAGCUGGACGGUAACGAGCUGGACCUGAGCCUCUGCGACCUGAACGAGGUGCCGGUCCGGGAGCUGGCCACUCUUCCAAAAGCUACUAUAUUGGAUUUGUCCUGUAACAAUCUCACUUCCUUGCCGUCAGACUUCUGCAGUUUGAUGCAUCUGGUGAAACUGGAUUUGAGUAAAAAUCGGCUUCAGCAGCUGCCCUUGGACUUUGGCCGCCUGGUCAAUCUGCAGCACCUGGACCUUCUGAACAACCGUUUAGUCACCCUGCCAGUCAGCUUUGCACAGCUCAAGAAUCUGAAAUGGCUGGAUCUGAAGGACAAUCCGCUAGAUCCUGUCCUUGCUAAAGUAGCAGGAGACUGUCUGGAUGAGAAGCAAUGUAAACAGGCUGCUGUCAAGGUACUGCAGCACAUGAAGGCAAUCCAGUCUGAGCAGGACCGACAGCGGCAACAGAAGCUCCAAGCAGAGCGAGAAAUGGAGAAGAAGCGUGAAGCAGAACAGCGAGCAAAAGAGGCUCAAGAGAGGGAACUGAGAAAGCGUGAGAAGGCAGAAGAGAAGGAACGCAGAAGACGGGAGUAUGACGCUCAGAGAGCUGCCAAACAGGAGAUGGAAAAGAAAACUAAAAAAGAAACUGUGCAGCCCCGAAAGCCUGCCUCCAGUUCCCGGCCACCUCAGCGUCCCCGGCACAGGCACUCCUGGUCACGGUCUGUGCUUCGGGUCCUGCUCUAUGUGCUGCUGUCUGUGCUCCUCGCUGUGGCUGCCUGCAAGCUGACAGAGCUGCGGCGUCAGCCCCUGUGCAUCAGCAUCAGCACUCUCUUCGAGGAUGUGGUAGCUGCCCUGCAAAACCACAAAACCCUGCAAAAUAUGCUCCAACAGAACUCACAGCAGUGAUUGUCCUGGAUGGGCACCUGCUUUGUCAGCAUCUCCCUCCACCAUCUAUGCAGCCAGAAUUCCUAUGGAAUUGUGUCCUGAUGAAACUGCUUUUAAUCAGUCAGCAUUGGUUUGCUGGUCCACUCCACACAGAGGAGUUACUAUUCAGAUCAUC